UUCCCAGGACAGCCUUGACAUCCUCUCCCUGUUUAUUUGUUUCUUUUUUUUACUAAUCAAGAAUUUGGUGGAAAACACACCCUACGCCCCACCACCCCCACCCCCACCCCCGUUGCCCUGUGCCCCGUUAUAGAGAGAUUUCUCUGGCCUCACCAAUCAAAGACCACAGGCAAGUGAGUAGAAUUAAACUAUCCAGGACCACUCAUUCCUGGCCACAAGAUAACUUACAGAGGCUAAAUGGCAGGCAAAAAGAGGGAAAUUCAAUUACAGACAGUCAUCAAUAGUCAAACCCUAUGGGAAGAAAUGUUACAGAACAAAGGCCUAACAGUGAUUGAUGUUUACCAGGCCUGGUGUGGACCUUGCAAAGCAAUGCAGACUCUCUUCAGAAAACUGAAAAAUGAACUUAAUGAAGAUGAAAUUCUGCAUUUUGUUGUAGCAGAGGUUGACAACAUUGUGGCUUUGCAGGCAUUUAAAGAUAAAUGUGAACCUGUUUUUCUCUUUAGUCUUAAUGGCAAAAUUGUUGCAAAGGUUACAGGUGCAAAUGCACCACUUGUCAAUAAAAACAUUAUCACCUUGAUCAGUGAUGAAAGGAAAAUUAUAGCUGGUGAAAUGAUUCGCCCUCAGUAUCAGGAAGUUCUGCUCGCAGACUCAGAUUCAGAAGAUGCUGGAGAACUAAUAUAUGAUAGCGUGGAACAGUACAGUAUUGCUAUUAUCAAACCUGAUGUUGUAAUUACUGGAAAAGUUAUAGAGCUUAAAGAAAAGAUUAUCAGUGCAGGAUUUGUCAUCGAAGCAGAGACUGGAACAAUAUUCACUGAGGAAGAAGUAAGGGAUGUCUAUAGUGAUAUAGCAGACCAGCCUGACUUUGAAGAUUUUGUCUCCUUUAUGACGAGUGGCCUAAGUUAUAUUGUAGUUAUAUCUCAAGGAGAUGAAGAGGAGGCAGAGAAUCCUAAUCUUGAUGAGUACGGAGAAAUCUUUGAAAAUGAAUCUGAGGUGGAAGUUAAGCGCGCGUCAAUAGAAAGCAAGGCCAAGCGGGACAGUCUACAAGAAUAUCUAGAAAGACAACAUAUUUCCCAGUUUUGUGAUGUUGAAGGAAACGUGGAAAAAGUGAAUAGGCUUAUUGAUAUCUUCUUCCCUGAUUUUAGAAAUAAGAAAGAAUUGAAAUUAGAAAAGAUAUUAGUAUUACUUCGGCCAGAUAUUCUUCAGCACAGGAAAGAGGAUGUUUUGAAAGUUAUUCAAAAUGAAGGCUUCAAAAUACUAAUGGAAAGGCAAUUAGUAUUAUCGGAAGUAGAAGCACGAACACUGUGCAAGAGAUUUGAAGAUGAAGAUUAUUAUGGAACUCUUAUAGGAAAUAUGACCAGAGGCCCAUCACUUGCCCUUGUUUUAUUAAGAAGCCAAGGUCUGAAACACUGGAAAGAGUUAGUGGGACCAAUCUCUGUGGAAGAAGCCCAAGAAGGGUUCUCAGACUGGUUGUGUGCAAAAUUUGCAAUGGACAGUUUGCCUAUCUGCCAGUUACAUGGGAGUGAUUCUUUAGAAGCAGCAGAGAGAGAAAUACAACUACUCUUUCCUCCUCAGAACACGUUGGCAAUGAUCAAGCCUCAUGUAACACCUAAAGAAAGAGAGGAGAUCUUGAAGCUUAUUAAGGAGAAUGGAUUUGAAAUGAUACAAGCAAAAUACAUGAUUAUGAAUGAAGAAUCAGCAGAAAAAAUUUAUUCAAAAAUAAAAGGAAGAGACUUUUACAAAAGUUUGUUGGACAUGUUGGCUGAGGGUCCAUCUCUAGUCAUGAUGCUGAGGAAGUGGAAUGCUAUUUUAGACUGGAGACGACUGAUGGGUCCUGUAGAUCCUAUUGAAGCAAAACUCCUGUCGCCAGACUCUAUCCGAGCCGUAUACGGAAGAAGUAUUUUGAAAAAUAUUGUGCAUGGAUCAUCUAGUCUCAUGGAAGCACAGGAUACUAUUAGUAAAAUUUUUAAUGAGUUUGUUACUGAGCAUCCUGAGGAAAACUAAAGUACUGUACCUCUCUCCUCACUCUUUUCUUUUUGCUUUAUUUUUUUUCUGCUUACUACAGUGACUGAGCAUAAGACAAGAUUGCGCAGAAAACACCACAACUUCCCUCACAAUCCUGAAUCAAAAUUUAUUUCUUGCCAGACACACUGUGCUGUUCCUUAACAGCUUUGAGGUUUUGAAGCCAAAUCUUGUAGCAAAUCUCCCAGGGUUCUGGGAGAGAGUGAGGUGAGUGAGACAGUUUUGGGUUCGCAAGCUACGAUCUCAAGUUAUUUAUGUCAUUGCUUUGACAGUGUCCUGCAUUCCUCUCCUUCCUCCUCUCCACAAAGUCUUACUCCCACCAACACUAACUCUGCUCUCUUAAGUCACUGGAAGUUGAGAGCCUGCUAAUUACCUGUCUAUGUUCUAUGAUAACUCAAUGUAACAAAACGUUACAAAGCAGUGAAUAAAGACAUUCCUUCACA